UAGAAUGGAGUCAUGAUUCAACAGAGAUCGUAACGAUAUGUCCUGCCACCGGUGCGACGAGCUACAGAAAGAGCUGAAUAAAUGCAGAGCCAACUUCAGAGUUCUAAACGAGAAAAUCGUCUCCACAGAAUUGUUGAUCAAGAAAUACAAAGAAAAAUGCCUACAACUAGAGGAAGUAAGAAAACAGGCACAAGAGAAGGCGAAAUCGUUGGAAGCAGCACAGAAAGCUGUGCACACUCUUCGUGGACAGCUGGAAGAAGCAAUGAUGCGUGCAGUAUCUCCUGCCAUGGAUUCACUGCAGUUGAAAGCAGAACGAGACCGUGCUGUGCGAGAACUAGAGGCAGCUAAAGUCGAGGCUGAUUCACAGUUGAUGUUGGUAGUUCAGCUUAAGGCUCACAUUGCAGAGAAAAAGGAGAAACUGAAACAGAUGGAACUUGAAAAGGAAUUGAAACAAGAAGAGAUUGCACAAGUAAAGUCAAGUGCCAAAUUGCUUGGUGAACAAAUGGAUAAACUGAAGAAGCAGAAGAGCGAAGAAAAAAAUGUUGCAAAACAGCUUACAGCAUCUAAACGGAAGGAGCAGACUUUGCAGAAACAACUAACUGCAGCCAAGGAAGAAAUUAAACAGCUAAAGUCAGAAAUUUCAAGUCGAAAGCAUGCAAUGAAGCUGAAUGGACACAAUUCACUUGAAAUAUUUUCACCAACUAAAGUCAAAGUGAGACGAACAUCCGCAAAGGAAUGCAAAAUGAAGGGCAAACAACAGGAGAUGUCUCUAUCUAAUAGAAUUAAUUGUAACGGUUUCAACACACAUUGUUUGUCUCCACUUCCUCCUUCACCACAGAAAACAGUACAAAAACAGAGAACACCGAAGAAAUCAUCUCACCAUUCACCACAAGAUCAGUCUGCUUCUUCUGGUUCUUCACAUCAAUGUGACUCUCUUGAUAGGUCAGAGGGACUUGGUUCUUUUGUCAAGGAGAAAGACAAUGACAACUGUCAGGAUGCUAUAGAUAGAACAGCAGAGUUGAGAGCUGAUGAUUUUGUUCCUUGUGGCUUACAUGAAAUCCUCUCUUUUUCAACUUGCUCUGAAGAUAGUCAGGAAGAAAGUGACUUACAAGUGAAAGAGACCAGUGAGAGUGUUAGAGACAAGGCAAGGGAUGAUUGCUUUUCUGAAUCUGAUUUGUUUGGCUGUGAUUUAUCCGAAUUGUCUGAGUCAGAAGAUGAAAUGGAAAGUGAAACAGUUUCUAAAGAUGAGCCAUUGUCUAGUGAGUUGGCAGCUAACGGAAAUGGGGAAGUGAGUUGUGGUGAUUUGAUGCAGGGAAAUGAGGUGCAGUCUUGUGAAAGUAAGGAUACAAGUAUAGAUGACAACAUGGUCACUUGUGAAUCUCUCAAUGAUGGAAAUUCAACACCAAUCAAUGUCACAGAUUUUGUAGAGCUUCAAAGUCACAAAGUUGAAUGUGAACAUCACAAAGUUGAAUGUGAACAAGAUAAACACUUUGGGGUUGCAUGGAAACACACAACUAUCUCUGUUGCUUCGACUGAAAUAGGUGAAUGUAUCCCCAAUACAAGCACUACACAACAAAUGAAGGUUGGUUGCGAUAUACUUAGUAGACAGUCUGUUUGCCAGCAUCCAGAAGUUGUGGAUGAAAGAGAUUUUCCUUUGAACAAGUCUGACACUUUAUGUCAAUCAGAUGUGACUAAAAGUGGUAGCAGUUCUUUUGAUAAUACAAUUUCUCAGACACAGUCAUUGGAUGCUUCAUACUUAUGUAACAAAAUAGGACAAAAUCCAACUCUUUUGUCACCACAUGUGUCAUUUUCAUCAGAAUCAUCAAUUCAACCUACAAUUGAUUCAUCUCAGAGAAACUCAAGCAUUAGAAGUGCAAUUACACUAGAGAGAACAGCUAAACUCUGGCAGUUGCUAUGCAACCUUGAAGCAAAGUCUAAUCUCUUACCAUUACCUUUCUCUUCUAGUCAGUCUUUAUUUUCUCCAUCAAAUUUAUCACUCAAAGAAUCUCAAGAAUCAUCACAGUUGUCGUCAAUGUCCAUUAGAAGCCAGCAAAUGGAUCAAGUAGUUUAUUCACUUCGGUCAUGUGGGUCAAAGAGGAAACUACUAUUUAGUAGUCCACAAGAUUUGUGUGAUGAAGACAAGUCUCUUUGUUCAUUUCCAAAGAGAUUCUCUUCUGCUCUUCCAAACUCUGAUUUUGUGGUGAAGCCUAAGCCAAUUAGACAGACACGGCCUACUGCUGUUUCUAUAAAUUCAGACAUUUCAACAAACGAGACAAGCUUGGUACAUGUAGUGUCUCCUGCUUUGACAACUCAAGCGAUUGCUGGAAAAUUGUUUUGCAAGACUGCAUUUGAUACGUGCUCUAUUCAAGUUGAUGGCAGCUGCAGUGAUCAAACUUCUAUUGCUGCCAAAAGUGAUGAAGACGUUGACAUUGAAGGAGAGAUGGAAGAAGGAGAAUUGGUUGAUGAAACAGUAGACGUACGACAGGAGGAGUCAAGUAUGACAACAAUGAUAGCUGUGGACAAGAAGAGAGAUACUGGAAAAUCAGCUUGCACACAAGAGACUAAAGUCAAUAAUCGGCCAUCAAGUCAGAGCGAAGAUUCAUACAUAACAAAGGGUCUACAACGACUUCGUCGUCAGUCAUGCAACAUAGACGAACUUGCCAGAUCAUUUGCUUUACCCGAGAACAUCUCAGCUGCUGCUCCACUAGCACAAGCAAUAGUCAAGAGUUUGAGUCAGAGGAAGGACGACGUUGGUAAGCAAAUCAGGAGAGUAUGUGCAGAAGUACGGAGAAAUCCUUGUGCAGAGUUUGCGCCUGUCUUGUCAUUGUAUGAGAAGCGGUUGCUCAACCUUGUUAGUCUUAUUCAAACGGUUCAGUCUCAGCAAGGUCUUGUGGAGAUGUUGCUGCGUCUUUUGCCAAGGCAAUUGAGCGAGAUUAAAGAAAACAAGUGGAAUACAGCGUUUUCUUGUGGGUUGCGUGCAGCAUGUGUCUGUCGAUUCUUUGCUUCACUUUGUCGUCAGGAAGGCAAUGCCGAACGUUUACGUAUAUUUUGUUUUGAUCUUUAUCGGGAAUUUGCUCCAUUCACAGUAAAGGAACUGCUAUGUAUAGAAGCUAUUUCUGUAGUUUGGCCACAGGUGGUCAGGAAGCAAGUAACUGCAAGCCACAGACUCAGAAAAGAAGGACACGUUUAUCUAGAUGCUGUGCAUCCACAACUAACUUACAGUGUCAUGGAAGCUCUCCUAUUGACACAAUUCAAGUGUUCAACGAACAUUCAAUCUAAAGUACUGGAGUCUAUAUAUCUUCUUCUGCAUUGGUCACGGGUGCCUUCUGGAUGUGUGGUUGUUCAUGAACUCUCAUUGACAAUCACUAAAUUUCUAUGUCACAGCGUUGCUGUAGAUGUGUCAUUGAAAGGAGGGUGUCCUGUCCUAAAUCCUGUGGCGUUUGAACUUGUCAAAUGCUUUGAACUUUUGAGCGUUUGGAUGGGCACAGCAUGGACAGACGGCUUUCUUAUCAGGCAAUUACUCUGGCCAAUCAUUAAAGACUGGCUGGCAUCAACAUCAUCAGACGCCCAAAAUCCAGGUCAGAAGAAACAAUGUUGGGACACACCAAUAGCCACAACUUGUCGAUUCUUAGGGUGUGUUGGCCGGGUUGUUUGCUCAAAUGACGACUCACUGGAUCGACUGGUUUCCAUCUUGUCUUCAGUUCUAGCUCAAAUACCCGUUGAAGCCGGAGGUGUCGGUUUGGUUCAGUUGUGUGCAGCUUGGUCGCUCACUGAUUUGUCCCGCUGGCGACCUAGAGAAGUGCAAUCAGCUGUAAAGCAGUGGAUAAGUGCUGUCCCGGCGUCGGGCAGCGACAGUUUAUGCAGUGCAUUACGUCAACGAAUGCUAAGUAUCACGUGA